AUGUCCAAGGACGACGCUUGUAAAGUGACGUCCAUCAGCAAACACAAGGAACGCAAGCCUAAGAAGCCUCACUACAUUCCCCGGCCAUGGGGCAAACCAUACAACUACAAAUGCUUCCAGUGCCCAUUCACCUGCAUGGAGAAGUCCCACCUGUACAACCACAUGAAGUACAGCCUGUGCAAGAACUCCCUGUCCCUGCUCAUAGAGUCCGACUGGCCCUAUAAAAAGGGCAACAUCCCGCACCCAGAACAGCUACGACCCCUUCAGCAGGCACAUGGGAAAAAUGGCAUAGAAGUGACACAGACUGAGGAACGAAAGUCCUUGGAGGAGGAAGGUGAGGACAGGGAAAGCCAGGGAGCAGAAGAUGAGGAAGAAGGAGGACGAGGAGAGCGAUUAGAGGUCACUGGGUUGAGGAAAGAGAGAGGAGACGCAGCAGAGUGCACUACCAAGAAAAUCAAACAGCCAGAGUCUGAGCUUCUGAUGGCCGACAUGCUCUCCCUGGAAGAUCAGCUUUUAAGAGCGCGCUCUGUAGAAGUAGAAGCCCAGCUGAAACACUACAAGCUAUCCAAGGCAUAUCUGACUGCUCCCAGUCUGCUGUCGGAGCAGUGGCGGCUGUUGGCGUCCAGCCACACGAAGGCCAAAGCUGAAGGUACUUCAAUCCCCUGUUACCCUCCUCCGCCAAACCUGAUGGAUUACCAGGAUCCCACUGGACUCAACCUGUCAUUGCUCGGGAUGGGUUACCCCAUCACCCCCAGCCUCUUCUCCUACAUGAACUCAGCUAUUCCCGCUGCCGCCGCCACCGCCGCCCAGACCCACGCUCAGCUCGCCCAGCUUCCCUUCCUGGCGACGGCCGCUCAGCUGAUGCACCCGGCCUCGAGCACCCACACAGACAGAGCUCUUAUCCCCUCUCGCCUCUACUACCCCUUCUUGUGCGAGCACGCGUUCGGACCGGCCUCGGGUCAAAGCGACGCCAGCAAAUCGCUCAAGACGUCCACAAACAGUCUAGAUGGGAGUCCCUCGUCUGGUUUUCAGCCUAAAGUAAAUCUGUGGAAAGUGCCUGCUCUGCGGCCAGGGGCAGCCGCUGUCUCCCCUACUGGCUGGGUGUCGCCUCAGAGGGACUCCCCCGAACACGGGUACAGGUUGGCCGAUAAACUGCAGCCUACAGCCAAGGAGGGCAAAGCAAAUUGGUGCCUCAAAAGGACAGGGGCCCCAAUUGGGAACCAUGAGGCACCUGUGGAGAAGAAGCCGAACAUGGGUGGUUUUGCUUUGGACCUUCUGAAGAAUAUUCAGACUGCAUCAAAUCUGAACAUGACAGCAGACAAACUUCUCUUCCAUGGAAGUUUACAGGAUGCUCAGCUGCCGACACGGCAUACUGAUCUGUGGUACAGCGAACAUCUCACCAGUCCCAGCAGUGAAACAUCCUCUCAGUCUACCUGUGGGGGUCCCAACAGACAGGACCCGAAUGCUGCCAGAACAAUAGGGGAGGGGGCUUCAGAGUCUGUGGCUGCGCUCCUCAGUGACCUUUCCAAGGCCUUGCAGGAGUACCAGGAGGCUGAGCGCAAGAUCUCCCACCUGGAGAAAGAGGACAUUCCCGCCCAGCGUCACCUCUGGGAACACCUGGGAAAAAUACGCAGCGAGCUUUCCCACAUCCACACGGCUCUGGAGAGGUCUGCUCGCCAGAGCGACGGACCCCUCGACCUGUCGGUGAAGAGGGACCAGACGGAUGUGGUUGGAGAUCGCAGCACAAGAGAGGACGUCAGCAAACAGAGCGUUCAGGGAAAGAUGGUGCAAACUGCCCUCUUCCUUCUGCUGCUCAACACCUCGGGCUGCUGUGGUUUUGGCUUUAAAAGCUGCUUCAUGUCCUACCCCGGGACUGGCAACAUGUGGUGCUGCAGCCAGAAAAUAGCUAACCUCACUGACGUCCUGAGCAAGAUCCCAGAUAACACAACCAAACUAAACCUGUCCAAGAAUAAGAUCUAUGUCAUCCCACCUGGAUCAUGGAGUCAUCUGUCUGGGCUUAAAUACCUGGACAUGAGCCAGAACAAGCUGGCCUAUCUGAAAGGAGGAGCAUUCAGAGGCCUGGGUGUCCUGAAAUUACUCAACCUUACCAGAAACAACAUCUCACACAUCAACUCUAGUAGCUUUGAUGGGCUAAGUAUGCUACAAACCCUGCUUCUGAAUCGAAACAAACUUAGCACAAUCUCUCCGGUUAUCUUUAACUCCCUACCAGCGAUUCAAUAUGUCGAUCUGUCCAAUAACAUUCUCCAGAGUCUCAGCUGUGGAGACUCUGGUGGAUCUUCUACUCUUCAGCGUCUUGAUCUUUUCUCAAACAGCAUCCGGAUGAUAAAUCUGAGCUGUUUUCCUGCCCUGCAGCACAUCACUCUGUCCUUCAACCCAAAGCUGGAGCUACAGUCUGACGUUUUUGCCUCCAACCCCAGGCUGAAGAAUCUGCUUUGUGAGGGAGUAAAAGCCGAAGUGCUGAUGGGACUCUCGGCAGAGACAAAAAGGAAUCUCUCUUCGGUCUCAUUUUCUCUGUCUUUGGAGGAAUCUCCAUUGACCAUAUGCGGGCUGCUGAAAGGAAUGGAACAGCUUGAUAGAGUUGAGAAGCUGACUCGCCUGUCUCUCAUUAAAAAUGAUAUCAGUUGGUUGAGAAAGAAUGUAUUCAGCAAACUUAAUACACUUGAGGAGCUCUACCUGCAGUUCAACAUGCUGAAAUACAUCACCAAUAAGCCCUUCAGUAAGUUGCGGAGGCUAAUAAAGCUCAACCUCAGUUCGAACAUCAUUCUUUUCAUCCAAAACCACACCUUUGAAGACCUUAUCAACCUCAGAUCUUUGAGCUUAAAUGGGAACCGCAUAAAGAUGCUGUCAACAGAUAUUCUGUCUGGCCUGACCAAUUUGAGGACAAUGGUUAUAUACGACAACCGCCUCCAUUUUAAGCACAAUGAAGCCCCUUUCAUCAACCUUACUUCCCUUGAGUUUCUGGACAUGCGGUACCAGGGGCCCGGACAAGAAUGCAUUGGUGUCAUUGGACCAAAUUUCUUCAAAGGUCAAAGCCGACUUCGCGCAUUCAAGAUUGGACAAAGCGGAAAGUUAGAAUUCCACCCUGACGCCUUUGUUCCUCUGAUCAAUUUGCAAAACUUGAUCAUAGUCGGAGUGGCUAUGAAAAAGACCAACCUGAGCGCAGCAUUCUCCCCUCUGAAAAGUCUGAAACAACUGACCCUAAGAGCAGACCUCGAUGUUCUCCCCGCUAACCUGCUGCCUCCAGAUAACUCACUGGAGUAUAUCAAAGUUUGGUCAAACCACCUUCACACUGUGGACAAAAACAUGCUGGAUGCUCUGCCAAGAUUGCUUGUAUUGGACAUUUCAGGCAACCCGAUCAGCUGUAACUGUGAUAAUGCCUGGUUCAAGAACUGGGCCAUCCACAACACUCAAACAAGGGUGUCCUUCCUGUACGACCUUCGGUGUGACGAGGAAAGGAAAUCUCCCUUCCUUUGGCAGUUUGACGAAAAGGCUUGCUCCUUUGAAUAUGUUUCCUUCACCCUCUUCAUCGCCUGCUCUGUUGUGGACAUUUUGUUUGUAUGUGUGUGUCUGGCCUGGCACACACAGGGCCCCACCGUGCGCUACCUGCUGCUCGUCCUCAGGGCCAAACUACGUGGACGUAGAAGUGCCAAAUUCCAGUAUGAUGCAUUCAUCUCCUACAGCUCUAAGGAUGAGGGCUGGGUGAUGAAGCAGCUGGUUCCCAACCUGGAGAGGCCUGCUGCAGGUGCACCCCCCCUCCGGCUGUGCCUCCACCACAGAGACUUCCGACCCGGCGCUGCUGUCCUGGAGAACAUCGAGGCCGCCAUUUACGGUUCUCGCCACACCAUCUGUGUGGUGACGCGUAAUUUCCUGCAAAGCGAGUGGUGCUCCGUGGAGUUUCAGCUGGCCAGUCUGAGGCUUUUAUACGAUGGCAGUGACGUCCUGCUCCUGGUGUUCCUGGAGGAGAUACCUGAACGCUGCUUGUCUCCCUACACACGUUUAUGCAAGAUUGUUCGCAAGAAGACCUACCUGCUGUGGCCGGAGGAACCGCAGGAGCAGGACACCUUCUGGGUCAGACUGGUCGAUGCUUUGAAGGACAAAGAGGAGGAGGAGGGAGAAGGAGGUGGAGAACAUGAUAUGGCACGUCUAAUUGGCUAGAACGAAUGCUACAUAUUCAACCUAUCCCUAAUUCAAUGUUCACAGCCUGACCGAUGCAUUGAUGCAAUCCAACAUAAUAUGGCAAUUUUUUGUUGCUCGAGUUACUGAGUUAAACGUUUUGUUUUCAUUUAGUUGUGGCUCGCUUCUUGUUGACGUCAUUGCUGCCUAGUAAAAAGUGGAACAUGCUCAAAGCAGGGUACUUUCCGGAGAAGAUUAUAAUGGUCUGUUAGUUUGCAUUAAGUCUUGAUAUAUGAAGUUGGUUUCCACAUAAAAAGUGAGGACUUGGAAAGUUCUAUAAUUACCUUUUUUUUUUGGCUUUUAAAGUAUUGUGUGCGCUGUUUUUAUGAAAUGUUCUUAAACGUGUUUUGUUUUAUGUAUUUUCUCAUGAGAAAAAGGAGAAAUAUGUAGUAUGAAAAUGCACUCAAGGGCAGUUAAGUCCAUUUUAUAUUUCAAGCAUUCUGUAGACUGAACCAAUCUGUUUGAAAAAAAAGGAUUAAAGGUCAUUUUAUACCAUAAAAGCUAGCAUUAAAAAUAAAUAUAUAUUCAUUUGUUCUAUUGCUUUAACAUUACUGUUGUGUUGGAAAAAAUGCUACAUCUACGACAGUUGACUAAGGGGUCUUCAAUAAAAAAAAGUGUCUAAAAAAUAAAACUAUAACUCCAAAACUUCCAAACACUUCAUUUAUUUGACGUCAUACAUUCAAAUGAAAAUAAAAAAUAUUCAUAUAUAUUUAAUAUAGAGCUAGUGAGCAAGGUCCAAGUUUUAAACAACACACAGAAGCCUUCCGUGUAGCAUAUAUAUAUAUAUACAAGGCAUGGUUUGAAUACUAUACAGUGUGUAUCCAUAGCUGCACAGGUUUCAUGGAUGUUUAUAUUUUUCACUCAGUUGAGGCACGACUAUUUCAGUGAGAGGUCAGGGAUUGGGCCGAGUGCUUCAAGACUGCCGCUUACAGUAAAACAUUUCAAUCUCAACACCUAAACAGUAGGACUUGCAAAGCAAAGCUUAGUAGUGUUAAAGAGUUCCACACUGAAGCAAAAAAGUAGGAAAAAGAGGCAACAUGACCAUUCUGCAAUUCAAAAAGGUACUGUACAGUCAUGCAACGUCCUAAAUAGUUCCUGUUUUCUGAGAUGAUAUUUUCACGCUAAUCAAAACUGAGCAAACACAAAUCCAGGUUCAAAGAAAAAAAAGUCCAGUAUCACUAACAAGUCACGGUUUUCCACUACAUUUGACAGAAGUUAGGGUGUUUGGUUGCACUGCAAUACAUGACUUGAAGUCACUACACCAGGUUGAGACAAAUAAAACAAAGCUUCCUCAA